AAAAGUACCAGUUGGUUAAAAUAUAAAGCACUUAUAAGUUACGAAAUGUAACGAUUUUUAACUAGUCCCAACUCUAAAUUGUAUACUGGUCGAGUUGCUGUUGCAGUCUCAUCGUUUUUUCUCACUUCGUCAGUGUUUUUGAUGGUGUCUAGAUUAUUUGCGUAUUUUUUUCUUGGAACGUACUAAAAAAAAGACAAAAAUGGAUCCAGAAAAAAGACGACCACCUCCUUACGAUGACGGCAGGAACCAACAGGCGAAUUUACAUUUGAAUCAACCUACAUUUGCUCCGAUGUCUGAACCAGCUUCUUCAAUCCAGACAACAGUUGUCGUCAAUCCUGGAGUACUAGAAGGAUGUCCAGUUUGCCAUAACAAAUCAUGGACAGGUACCUACUCAUGUUGUGCUUGGCUAUGGUGUUUGUGCUGUUUCCCUUGCGGAAUAAUUUGCUGUUGUUGCAUGAGGAAGAAGAAGUGUACUAACUGCGGAUAUAGAGUUGGUUGAGAAACUAAUUGAAUGAUUUUAUAACUGAUUCUUAAAAUUCAGUUACAUAUAAAUGUUUUAUUUUAA